AUGCUCGGAUGUAGUCAUGGCGAAAAAACAGAUUUGUAUGCGUGGUUGAAAGGCCACCAUAGAGACUGUGGGCCGCAAAGUGACUGCUCUUUGUUGCUUUGGAAGUUGGAGGCGCAGGGUCUGAACUCCUCAAAUGCUGAGGGACAGAAUAAUGGGAAUGGGAGGGUGUUUUCGGUGCCUCGUCCGAGUUAUGAAGCUACAACUCGAUGGGGUGACGAGUCGAGGCUACAUGGAGCUGCCGGACCAAUAUCGCGCGGAGAGUCCGAGGAAAAUUCCGCAGCACGGCAUACUCAAGCAGACUGUAGCUUUUCUGGCUACUAUAACGGCGGAGACAUCCGUAAAGACCUUCAAGGGGAGUCAAUUGAGCCAACUGCUGCAACCGUAACGGACGGAGUCGACUCUACAGACGCCUAUGUAUCAGACGGCGAGGACUCGGGCAGGAUUUCCCCAGACACAUACCGCCUAUGGACCACGAAUUGUUCCAAAGGCCAAAAGAAUUCUCGCCAGAGUACGGAAGACUGCGCCACAUGCCAUGCUGAAACGGCUGGCCUACACACUGCUCAUGAACAAGUCGACCUGAUACCCGACGACACAACUACAGCAUCCUGCCCGUCCAUCUCAUCCGAUAAACACCACGAAACCCGGUCGUGGCAGCACAAACUGUCACUCCACGCCGCGCCCCCCAACACGACCACAUGCCAUCGCCUCCCAAACAAAGUAUAUACCCUCACGCUCCCCCAAGUCCAAGCCGCACUCACCCACCCGCUCGCACCGCCUAUAAUCCACACCGUCCGCCUAUCCCAAUACACCAGCGCCGUCAGCCGCCGCGCCUCCUUCCUCGACUCCUCAGAACCGCACAUAUCCCAACUCGCCCGCACCCGCACCCACCUGCACGACCAGAUAGCCACCCUCCAGGAAACACUAGACAGCAUCGCGGCACACGCGGACAAAAUCGUGCGCAGACGCCACCCACUGCGCACGGAAGCAGACAUGAGGGAGCACAAGGAGAGAGAGGACAUAUACGCCUAUUUAAAGGACUACAUGUGCCGCCUAGACGCGGAAUGCGACGCCCGGCACGAGAAACUGCAUCUUCUAGCCCACGAGAUUGACAAGCUGAGGGAGCAAGAGGGCAACCUGAGGGUCAUGAUAGAAGCGGUGGGGGAGACGGUGGGCGUGGACGUGGAAGAAGUCAACGGGGACGUAGGCAAGAUGGAGAGGCUGGUGAGGUUGAUCGACGAGGGGGAGAUGGAGAUUUUGAGUAGGCAGGACCACUGUGCGUGUUAUUAA